GUUGAGCCGGGGUGCAAAUAUCUGCUUUUGAGAUGUGUUGCAUUUUUGAAGCUUCUAUUGAGCUACACUGGAAUUUAAGGUGGAUAGGUUGGUGUGAGAGUAAGGUGGGGUUGUAAAUUGGCAGGUAGUUGCUGUCUUAAGAGCUGUAUGGUGUCAAAUUAACCUUUUCCCACUUUGUUCUUAACAUUGGAAGCAGGGCUGAAAGACUCUUUUGUGGUUGAGAUGCAAACACUUGAAACACGGCUCACUUUUUUUUUUCUUUGCAUUUUGUAAAUAAAAUGCUUCAACUACAGUACCAUGUUCUUCUAGCCAUUCCCGCCCUUUGGAAUCAGGCUUGGUUGUUUCCUAUGAGCUGAGAAACCUGUACAAACUAUCCCUGACUGCAAGGGGAAUUUUAAAAAAAAAAAAAAUCACAUGCUUAACUUGGGAGUGUUGCCUUUUGAGCUGAAAGGGUUGAUUGAGUUGGCGAGCAUGGAUUUGGAAGUUGAGGGGAUUCUAGAGAGACUUUGGGACGCCAUGGACCGCGGUGGGAUAUCGGAAAUGGCGCCUCUGGUGGAGGCGGAGAGGAAGAGGGUGGAGUGCGUGACGGUCCAUGUGGCGGUCACCGGGACCUCCCGAGCGGGGAAGUCCACCUUCAUCCGCUCUGCCAUGGGCUUUCAAGAUGGCGAAGAGGGUGCCCCCUCCACCGACCUGAGCCAGCAGCUGGUGAAGCCGGCACCCUACCAGCGGCCAGGAUCUCCCGGCUGUACGUUCUGGGAGCUGCCUAGCGUUGAAGGGUCCGGCUUCUCGCCGGGGGACUACUUGCAGGUGGUGGAGGUGGACCGCUACACUGGCUUCUACGUCCUGUCACCGGGCCGCUUCACCUGGCAGGCGGCAGCCCUUGCCGACGAGCUCAGGCGGCUGGGCAAGCCCUUCUACUUCAUCCUCACCAAGAUCGACGCGGACGCGCGCGGUCACAAGGACGCGGAGUUUGCUCGGGAGGCCCUGCGCGUCAUUGCCACCAAUCGGUUUGCCCACUUGGAUGUGGGCUACGCUAUUGGCCGCUUCUACUGCGUCUCCUGCCUCGAGAGUGAGCGGUUCGACUUCCCAGCCUGCAUCCGGGCCCUGCAGAAGGAUACCUUGCCUGCUCUUCAGAGGCACGCCCUCCUGCUGUCCCUGCCCCAUCUCGCUGACAAGACCGAACUGAAGAACUCGCUGAAGGCGUUGAUCCCGCUGUCAGCCGUCUACAGUUGCGUCAUCGACCCCCUCCCGGUUGAGCAGCUGCCUUACCAGGCGAAUGUCCGCUUUCUGUGCGACGAAAUCCGGCUGUACCGCCGCCUGUUGGGCCUUGACUACCAGGCCCUGAGCAAGAGAGCCAGGCUGAUCGGGCAGCCCGCCUUUGUCCUCUCGGACGAGAUCCAGACCCGCAUGGCCAGGGAGCUGACCGAGAAGGCCGUGGCGGAGGAGCUGCUGAGGUGGACAGAGAAGAAUGUCCUAGUGUCCCCCAACAAUGUGAAGUGGAUCCCCCUCCUGGAGAGCCUGCCUGGGGGGAAGCUCUCUGGUGCCUCCACCAUCAGGCUGCUGGACGCCAUGUUGGAGCAGUUCAUGGACGAUGUCUACCGGGUUCAGAGAAAAGUGGCCAAUGUGCUACGGGGUGACUGACCUCGCUGGAGGUUCAACGGCAUACCGACUAAUGGGGAAACUCCCCACUGCAAUAUCAGUCCAUUUUGUGUCCUGUCUAGCAGUUUCAUACUCCCCUGUGUGUGGUUUUUGCCCCUCCCUAAUCUAUGCUAUCAAAGCAUGACCAAAUGCUUUAUUUCCCCUCUGAUAACAUUUCAACUUACUUCAACAGGAGACCGUUUUGUUGAGGUGACUUAAUGAGAUUGGCGACUUCCAUUUAGUAUCCAAGGCAACGAGACCAAACAUGAAGGCCUUGCUUUUGGGAGUCAUUCCUUCCACUGAAGUUGGGCUACGUGCUGGUAACUGUUGAAACACUGUGUCCAACCACCUCACUUCACUUCAACCCUUCAUUUUGUCAACCCCACACUUUGAAUAAGCCUCCACUAUUUGCGGUUCGCACCACUUGUACACUUUUAAUCCCCAUCUCGGAGUUUUGAUGGAAUAGUGGGGACUUUUUUUUGUCUAACCCCUCCCUGAUCCGUUUUAAAGUAAUAAUAUCCAUUUUCAGGUCCAUGUUGUGACAGUAUUUGCCAUCAGUAAAUGGAAGCUCUCUGGGGCAUCUACCAUCGGGCUGCUGGACGCCAUUUUGGAGGAGUUCAUAGACGAUGUCUACCGGGUUCAGAGGAAAGUGAACAGUAGAUGGAACCCCCUUUGUGUGAAUUGAUCUGAGACAGUUAACUUCCUUUUUCCUUUGUUUUUGUGAAGGUGAAUAGUAUGAAUGUAAACAAAUUUCUCAAUUUAAUCGACUUUGUGCCUGGUGAAUGAAACACUACCAAACUCUGUUUUCUCAGGGGAUUUGAAUUCUUUUUCAAUAUCUGAAGCACAUUGAC